GUACGCAGCUACUCCUAUUUGUUUCUUCUAUCUCCCAAAUGGAUGAGAAAGCUAAGUCCUCAGAUCAUGUUGCUGUCAUCAUUGACCAGCACACGAACCAUCCGAAACCCCCUUCCUCUUCCUCCGUGGACAACAAGCCCCCCAAACAACACCCCUUGAGGGUCAAAACCCUUAACCGUCUCAGCUUCUCGAAGCCCAAAUCCAGAAUCCUCGAGUACAAUAACUACUAUCCCCACCACCAUCUCGGCAGAAAGCUAUCAAGCAUUUCCCAGGAGAACAACAACGACAAUAAUAAUGAGGACGUGGACGAAGACGAAGAGGAAGAGGAGGAGUGGUGGGACGAAGAAGAAGAGAUCGAGGAGGAGGGUGAGGGAGAGAGGAAUAAGUUGCAGGAGAGGAGGAGGAGGAAGAAGGUGAGGUGGAGGGUAGUGGUGGAGUGGGUGGUGUUCCUGAGCAUAGCAACAUGCUUGGUUUGUUCGCUGGUAAUAACGCGGAUAAAGAAGAUGCACAUGGUGGGUUUGGAGAUAUGGAAGUGGUGCUUGAUGGUGAUGGUGACAUUCAGCGGGAGGUUGGUGUCGGGGUGGGUGGUGGGGGUGACGGUGUUCGUGAUAGAGAGGAACUUCAUGCUGAGAGAGAAGGUGCUGUACUUCAUAUACGGGCUGAGGAAGAGCAUAAGGAACUGCCUGUGGCUAGGGCUGGUGCUUCUUUCAUACUGGAGCGUGGUGUUCGACGACGUGCAGAAGAAGAACCACAAGUUCCUGAACAAGGUGUUUCAGGCACUGGUCGCAGUGCUGGUUGGGGCCAUCAUAUGGCUCGUCAAGAUUGUUCUCGUGAAGAUGCUGGCAUCCUCUUUUCACGUGGCCACCUACUUCGACAGGAUGAAGGAGAGCGUCUUCCAUCACUACAUCCUCGACACUCUCUCAGGUCCCCCCAUGGAGGACGCGGAGGAGAUACUGCAGCAGCACCGCCUGCUCACGGGGGGCGGCUCAAAGUCGAUGCCUGCCAGGAGUAGGUUGAAUAAGCUAAAGGAGAAGCAGCAGCAGGAGAGGUUUGGGGGGUCCAGGAGGAUUGACAUGGAGAAGCUGAGGGAGCUGAGCAUGGAGAGCACUGCCUCCGCCUGGAGCGUCAAGAGGCUCGUCAACUAUGUUCGCUCCUCCGGCCUCUCCACCAUCUCCAGGACCGUGGAUGAUUUUGCCACCGCCGAGUCUGAGAUCAACAGUGAAUGGGAAGCUAGAAACUGCGCUCAGCGGAUUUUCAACAACGUCGCCAAACCUGCUGCCAAGUACAUUGAAGAGGAGGAUUUGAUGAGAUUUCUGAAGAGGGUUGAGAUACAUACUAUAUUCCCUCUCUUCGAAGGUGCCCUUGAAACAGGGAAGAUCAGCAGAUCAUCAUUUAGAAAUUGGGUGAUUCGAGCAUACUACGAACGAAAGGCACUAGCACAAUCACUGAAUGAUACAAAAACAGCAGUGCAGCAGCUUCACAAACUAGCAAGCGCGAUAGUGAGUGUGAUAAUAAUCAUUGUGAUCCUUCUGGUGAUGGGAGUGGCUACGCUCAAGAUCAUAUUCUUCUGCAUGACGCAAAUCGUGUUGAUUGGGGUUGCCUUCCAAGGUACCUGCAAGACCGUCUUGGAGGCCAUCAUCUUCGUCUUUGUCAUGCAUCCUUUCGACAUUGGAGACCGCUGCGUCAUUGACGGUGUUCAUAUGAUCGUGGAAGAGAUGAAUAUCUUGUCAACAGUGUUUCUUAGAUACGACAACGAGAAAAUAUACUACCCUAAUGCAGUUCUGCUGAAUAAGCCAAUCAGCAAUUUCUACAGGAGUCCAGAGAUGUGGGACUCAAUUGAUUUCACCAUUGAUGCUUCUACUCCCAUGGAGACUAUCAUUGCACUCAAGAAAUCAAUACAAAUUUACAUUGAGAGCAAGCCAAAGUAUUGGAAUCCAAAGCACAGUGUGAUAGCAAAAGAAAUACAGAAUGUGGACAAGCUGAAGCUGUGCUUGUGUGUGCAACACACAAUCAAUCAUCAGAACUAUGGCGAAAGGAGCAUUAGGAUCACUGAGCUCCUCUUGGAACUCAAAAAGAUCUUUGAGAUCCAUGCUGUCAAGUACAAUCUCCUCCCUCAGGAGAUCCACAUUACCCAGAUGAGCAUGGAAAAUAAUAAUAUUAAUAAUGGCAGACUUGUCUUUCAAUCAUGAUCUGAUGAGAUCGGACACACCAUACCAACUUCCGUCUCUUUUCGUUUCAUUAAUAUUUCUUGCAAAUUAUGUUCCUUUCAAACUCCAUAAAUCUUGUGUGCUUCACUUCAUGUUAUGGUAUUAACUCAUCAUUAAAAUGGUACUUUGUACAUUGUUUAUUAUUAAUAGUAGUUCAUCAAUACAACUCGCUUAUCUUAUAUAUACUACUGUAU